CGCGAGACUCAUGAGCGCAGAAGAACAUCUCCAACACACACAGAGAGAGUCAAAGACACCAGAGAAUUUCUGCAGAGCAUCAAAGAGGAUCUCUCUUCAGGGGAAUCAUGACUCCGAGAGGACUCGUGUUGUGCCUCUUGUUCUGGAGUUCCGUGAGCAGCAGACGCAUAGAAAUGCCGGAUGAUGACACCGUGUUCGACCUGUUCGAGCUCACUCAUGUCGACAAGAAGCAUCACGGGGUGAGCUUAGUGAAGGGACCCGAUCCAAACAGCCCCGCGUACAAGAUCCUGAACCCGAACCUGAUCCCCUCGGUGCCCGAGCUCUCCUUCAGGGACCUGGUGUACUCCAUCCAGCGCGAGAGAGGCUUCAUCUUCACCGCCAACCUGAAGCAAGCCAAGCGCACCAGGGGCAGCCUGGUCUCCGUGGAGAGGACCGACGGCACCGGAUCCGUCUUUGAGAUCAUCUCCAACGGGAAAGCCAACACCGUGGAUCUGGUGUACUGGACCGAGAGCGGACAGCACGUGGUGUCCAUCGAGGACGUGAACGUGGCGAACGGACACUGGAAGAACAUCACGGUGUUUGUGCAGGAGGAUCGAGCUCAGGUUCACGUGGGCUGUGAGGAGAUCAACACUCAAGAGCUCGAUGCUCCGAUCCAGCAGAUCCUGAAUCAGGAGAGCGCGGACAUCUCGAGCCUGAGGAUCGCCAAAGGAGCCGCCAAAACCGAUCGCUUUCUGGGAGUUCUCCAGAACGUGCGUUUUGUUUUUGGAACGACGCUGGACGCGAUUUUACGCAAUAAAGGAUGCGAGAGCUCAUCCUUCAUCACUGACGUCAUGGCCUUGAAAACCCCCUUGAUUGGAUCCAGCCCAGCCAUCCGCACUGAUUACACCGGACACAAGUCUAAAGAUCUGCAGGACAUCUGCAGUGUCUCUUGCGACGAUCUGUCCAGCAUGUUUAAGGAGCUCAAGGGACUCGGCAUGGUGGUGAAGCAAUUGUCAAACGAGCUCCGCCAAGUGAAAGCAGAAAGAGAAGGGGAUUGUCUGCACAAUGGCAUCGUUCACAGAGACAAAGACGAGUGGACGGUGGACAGCUGCACACACUGCACAUGUCAGAACUCUGCCACUGUGUGCCAUGACAUCUCCUGUCCUCUCAUGCCCUGUGCCAACGCUACUGUCCCCGACGGCGAAUGCUGCCCACGCUGCGGAACACCGAACGAUGCGGCUGUAGACAGCUGGUCACCCUGGUCCGAAUGGACACACUGUUCGGUGACCUGUGGCAGAGGCAUUCAGCAGCGUGGACGCUCUUGUGACCGAAUCAACAGCAACUGCGACGGCACAUCUGUCCAGACGAGAGACUGUUACAUGCAAGAAUGCGACAAACGCUUCAAGCAGGAUGGCGGCUGGAGCCACUGGUCCCCCUGGGCUUCUUGCUCAGUGACAUGUGGCGAGGGUGUCAUCACUCGCAUCCGGUUGUGCAACUCCCCUACGCCUCAGAUGGGCGGGAGAGACUGCGAGGGAGACGGUCGUCAGACAGAGCCAUGCCAGAAGGACCCGUGCCCAGUAAAUGGAGGCUGGGGACUCUGGUCACCAUGGGACUCUUGCUCCGUCACGUGCGGUGGAGGACUGCAGCGCAGACACCGUCUGUGUAACAGCCCCGCUCCCAAAUACGGUGGAAAAGAAUGUAUGGGUGACUCCAAAGGAACCCGUUUGUGCAACGCCCAGCCGUGUCCAGUUGAUGGAUGCCUGUCUAACCCGUGCUUCGCCGGCACCAAAUGCACCAGCUUCCCCGAUGGCUCCUGGAAGUGCGGCGAGUGUCCGGUUGGAUACACUGGGGAUGGAGUCCACUGUCAAGAUAUCGACGAGUGCAAAGAAGUUCCUGAUGCCUGUUUUGUGCUGAAUGGAGUCCAUCAGUGUGUGAACACAGAACCAGGCUACAACUGCCUGCCCUGCCCUCCACGCUACUCUGGACUGCAGCCCUUCGGCAGGGGAACAGAGCAGGCCAUUGCCAACAAACAGGUCUGCACACCUAGAAACCCAUGCAAGGAUGGCACCCAUGACUGCAAUAAGAAUGCCAACUGCAUCUACCUGGGCAUCUUCUCUGACAUCAUGCACCGCUGCGAAUGUAAACCAGGCUACGCUGGGAACGGUCACAUCUGUGGAGAGGACUCUGAUCUUGACGGCUGGCCAAACAAGAACCUCCACUGUGUGGAGAACGCCACCUACCACUGCAAGAAGGACAACUGUCCUGACCUUCCCAACUCUGGUCAAGAAGACUAUGAUAAAGAUGGAAUUGGAGAUGCUUGUGACCAUGAUGAUGACAAUGAUGGGAUCCCUGAUGAAGGGGACAAUUGCCCGUUCGUCUUUAACCCAGGACAGUACGACCAUGACCACGAUCAAGUUGGCGACAGUUGUGAUAACUGCCCAUAUGACAGUAAUCCAGAACAGACCGACACCGACAACAACGGCGAGGGUGAUGCGUGUGCCAUUGACAUCGAUGGUGAUGGCAUCCUGAAUGAGAAGGACAACUGUCCAUAUGUGUACAACACUGACCAGAGAGACAAUGAUGGAGACGGAGUCGGUGACCACUGUGACAACUGCCCACUGGAGCACAACCCUGACCAGAUCGACUCUGACUCUGACAACAUUGGAGACAAGUGUGACAACAACCAGGACAUCGAUGAGGAUGGACAUCAGAACAACCUUGACAACUGUCCCUACAUUCCCAACGCCAACCAGGUCGACCACGACAAGGACGGCAAAGGAGACGCCUGUGAUCACGAUGAUGAUAAUGAUGGCGUGCCUGAUGAAAAAGACAACUGCCGACUCGCCUUCAACCCAGAUCAACUGGAUUCGGACGGAGACGGACGAGGUGACGUUUGCAAGGACGACUUUGAUGUUGAUAACGUGCCGGAUAUGUACGACGUUUGCCCGGAGAACUUCGGCAUCAGUGAAACAGACUUCCGUAGGUUCCAAAUGGUUCCUCUCGAUCCCACCGGAACUUCCCAAAUCGACCCCAACUGGGUCGUCCGUCACCAGGGCAAAGAACUUCUGCAGACGGUCAACUGUGAUCCUGGCAUCGCUGUUGGUUAUGAUGAGUUCAAUGCUGUGGACUUUAGCGGCACGUUCUUCAUCAACACAGACCGUGACGACGACUACGCCGGCUUUGUGUUUGGCUACCAAUCUAGCUCACGUUUCUACGUGGUGAUGUGGAAACAGAUCACACAGACCUACUGGUCUCAUACACCCACUAAAGCACAGGGGUACUCUGGACUGUCCGUUAAAGUAGUGAACUCGACCACAGGACCGGGCGAACACCUCAGGAACGCUUUGUGGCACACUGGAGACACAGAGGGACAGGUGCGCACCCUGUGGCAUGAUCCCAAGAACAUUGGCUGGAAGGAUUACACCGCCUACAGAUGGCAACUAAUCCACAGACCCAAAACCGGACACAUCAGAGUCAUCAUGUAUGAAGGCAAGAAAGUCUUGGCUGAUUCCGGAAGCAUCUAUGAUAAGACGUAUGCCGGAGGAAGACUUGGCCUCUUUGUCUUCUCUCAAGAGAUGGUUUACUUCUCAGACCUCAAAUACGAAUGCAGAGAUUCAUCAUAACAGACCCAGUGUGUACUUAAGGACAUGUCCAUUAUCUGUCGAUUUAAAUGUGUUCUGUUAUAAAACUCUUCUUUGGGGGGAUCGAGGAUCCUUUCAAUCUAAGCAAGGACCACAGAAGCAGGUCGAUCAUGAAGACCCAUCAAUACUUUCAUCUCAUCUGUCUCCUCCGCUCUCAGCUUGUUUCUUAUCUGGUAAAGGGAAGUUCUUCUGUAGAGUCACCUCAGAUCUGCUGUGGACUAUGAUCGUGAAGCAGAUUCAGGUGGGUUGAGAUCCCACAAGGAACUGUUGAGGAGUGACGCACAGGACUUCUUCUGCAUGGAUUUAGACAUCCAGAUCUUCAGGACUCAUUGAUUCAGACUUGUUUGUCCAUAAGUUAUGUUACCCAUUACUCCCCCCUAAAUUCAGCAGUCCCAAUGUCUGCUUCUGAUCAGUUUCAGUCAUCGAUGUUGACAACCCAAGAGUCUUCACUUCACUGUUUAUAGUGGAGUGCUUCUCAGGGCUAGAAGGACCUUUGUGGUUUGCGACUCAAGGAGGAAGUUCAUGUCUUAGAUUUAUACACAGAUGUCCUGAUAAACUUUUAUAAUCAGUCACAGACUCAAAGAGUUUUGUGGCUCUAAACAAGUAGAGAUGAAAGAGGAAGUUAUGAUACAAAGGGAUGGAUAAUAGGCGCACUUGUUUAAUUUAUUUAUUGUGUUGAGAGAGGGAUACAUGAGAACUAAUCCACAUGAACCAAACAGAGAACAACUGGAGCGUUUCCUUCCGUCUGGGUGAAUGAAUGAUGAACAGAAUAUGAUGUAAACACAAGUAUUACCUCACUGUAUUCACGUAAUUGAACUCGACAAAAGUUGCGAAUUAUAUUUGUGCCAUUUAUAAUUAUGUUUUGUUUUAGAGCUACUGUAUGUAGUAAAACAUCAAUUCUGUACAUAAUAGAAGAAAAGAAAACUUUUUUAUAAUAUUCCCCGGUAGAACAUGAAUGGAAAGUUGUUAAUAUAAUUAGUUUGUGCCUAAUUAAUGAAUGUUUUUUUCUUUUUUAAAUAAGUUAUUGGUAAAGUUGUUUUAAUGAUGUCUUAUGUGUAGAUAUAUGCUAUUUAAAUAAUUUAUAAGGAUCUGUAACCUGACAUUAGAAGUGUUUGUAUAAACUGUUUGCACACUGAUGAGGAUUUUCUUAUGUUUAAGGAUGCUUCUGUGUCAGUAUUACACAAUAAUGUGGAUUCAUUCCUAUCAAUCCUUUUGUAAAAUCAAUGAACAAUAAAUACUUUUGAUUAAAAAAGACAA